AAAUAAUGGUUUUCAUAAUACGGUCAAUGAUAUCGCAGCUAAAUUAUAUGACUCGGUGCUGUGAUAUGUUGAUUCUUCAUACAUAUUAUCUGUAGGUGAGUGAAUGUUUUCUGUUCAAACACAGGUGAGAUUUGAGAAGUGGAGUGCGCGUGCACGACUACAACAGCAGACAGCUCUCGCGCCCGCGCUCAAAUACCGGCUUCAGCCGGUGUAAAAUCUGCCAAGCUUCAGUGAAAGGAAACCAAUAGAGAGAGCUGCUGGAUAAUACGUGAUCCAGCUUCAAUAUCGGUAUUAAUGAAUUGUUAAUGAAGUCAAACAUAAACUAGGUAGCGAUAUAUUUUUGAACGGGAUCCUUUGCCCGUGACUCGGUGAAGACUCACGCUCUCUCGUGACCGCGGAUGCAGAAAGCAGAAGUGAUGUACUUGUACUCUACUUGACACUUCAACACAGAAGACAGCCAGCGCUGUUGGCUUUUGUUUUCUUUCAAUAACUCGUUGUCAAUUCUUCUUCAACGGUUCGAAACAUCAGUGUCCAUCAUGUCCAGCCUGAAGGGCUGCAUGAGCCCCAAUGUGUACUCUGAGGUGCCAGAUGGAGGCUGGGGCUGGAUGGUGGCUGCUGCCUUCUUCUUUGUGGAGGUUUUCACCUACGGCAUCAUCAAGACUUUUGGAAUCUUCCUCCAGGACCUCAUGACAGAAUUUCAUGAAACCAACAGCAGAGUUUCUUGGGCCGUGUCCAUCUGCGUCUUUGUUAUGGCCUUCACAGCUCCUCUUUCUACGCUGCUGAGUAACCGUUUCGGCCAUCGGCCUGUGGUCAUGGUUGGUGGAUUCCUGAUCAGCCUGGGCACAAUCACAACAGCCCUCACUCAGUCCAUCGAUGAGAUGUACAUCACCAUGGGCAUUGUUGCAGGCCUGGGCUAUUGUCUGACCUUCCUGCCUACCGUCACCAUCCUGUCGCAGUAUUUCAGCAAGCGCCGCUCGCUCGUCACCUCUAUAGCCUCCACAGGAGAGUGUUUCUCCAUGCUCGCCUUCGCACCAGCCAUGAAUGCCCUGAAGGAGCAGAUCGGCUGGCGUUACUGCUUGAUGGUGAUUGGGGUCCUGCAGGCCUCCAUUAUUGUCUGCGGGGCUCUACUAAAGCCAAUCGUCAUCAAACCCAAACCCGCCACCCAGGAGGCGUCCACAUCCCCCCUUAAAGUCCUCGACUCCAAAUACGAUGCAGAGAAUGAAUUCACAUGCACCUCCUUUGACUCGGUGGACUCCGGUGUCCAGUCCAUCUCCUCCUCACAGGUCAACCUGGCCAAAGAGCAGCAGAAGAAAGAGGAGGAAGGAGAAUCGCCAGAGACGCCUCUGAAACAGAAGCAGGAGGACUCCAGUGUGUCCAGAACCAAACUUUUGGACUUCUCUGUGCUCAGAGAUGCCAGCUUUAACUGCUAUGCACUGUUUGGUCUGUUCGCAACACUGGGCUUCUUCGCACCACAGAUCUACAUCAUUCAGCUGAGUGUAAGUCGAGGAGUAUCUCAGAAAAGCGCCACCUACAUGCUGUCCGCUAUGGCCGUGGCUGAGAUUGGGGGUCGUUUGUCCAUGGGCUGGGUCCUCAAUCGCAAGCCCAUCCGCAAAAUCUACAUCCUGCUGAUCUGCACAGUGCUGCUAUGUCCGGUGCUGGUGGUCUUCACCUUCGUCUCAGAGUUUUGGGGGCUCAUGUCCUGUUCUUGUUUGUACGGGUUCCUGCUGGGCACUGUGGCCUCCAGUCACAUCCCCAUGCUGGCUGAAGAUGACGUGAUCGGGAUUCAGAGAAUGUCAUCGGCUGUCGGAGUUUACGUCUGCAUUCAGAGCUUCGCAGGACUCGCAGGUCCACCUCUAGGAGGUUUUCUGGUAGACCAGACUAAUAAUUAUGGAUCUGCCUUUUACUCCUGUGCGGCUGGGAUGGGAGUCGGUGCUCUGUUUCUAGGACUGGUGCGUCCAGCGAAAACUGGCCUCUGCUUUGGGAAGAGGAAGAGAAAGGACCAGCAAAGUGCAGACAGAGACGCUUCUUCACAGGGCAGUGAUGACAGCCCUGCUGACUUUGUAGAAAUGGACAUGGAGACUGACAACAGUCCCGCAAAGAGCAAACCAUGGCCAGUAUGAAUACAGGAUCACCUGUUAUCCUUCACUUGAACCAUCAGAUCCAAAGGCUGCCAACCACACUCCCCCAUCCCAACAGGGCAAAAUCCUCACAAAUCAAACCUUACGUCAAUUAAAGUAGUUUAAUCAUUCUUCAACAGCACUUAUGCUGAACAUCCAGUCGUAACAUCCAGAAUACGUUUACAUCUCUUUUUUACUACUCGUUAUUUAUUGAAGAUUCAAAGCUCCUCGUUUACCAAAGUCUCCAGCCUUUUCUAUUUAUUUUAUUGUUUUAAAUCGAGCAUAAACCAUCAAAAUACUCUCAGCUUUACCAUUUAAAGAAGAAACCUCACGCUGUUUUGCUGCUAACAUUGAGGCCAUGAUGUGUAUUUAGGUUUCAAAAGCCUCAAUCAGAGUUGAAGAUGAGACUCCAUCGAGCGUUCUCUCCAGGGUCUCUUCUUUAAUUAUUAACUAGUUUUUGCAGAUGGAAACCAAAGUCAAGAUGCAGGAUGUUUUCGACCAAAACACAUUCCUGCAUGAGACUUUACAGAGGAAAAGUCUUCCAUCAAGAAAAACUGAUGUUAAAUAAAAGGUUUCCGUCCUCAGAUGUACAGUAGGUUAUCUAGUGUUUCCAAUGGCUACAGAAUGUCCUGUUACUGCUGUCGUUUGGAAUGAGCCGUCGGUGCCUUGCAGAAUCACGAAAAGCUUGUGACUUGAAGGAAGAAACUACUACAGGGGCUGUUCACUCAGAACACAGUCUGGCAGUGUUUAUUUUGACGAAGCUUUUAAAAAAUAUGACACUCGGGUGGAAAAUGUUGGGAAAUGGAAUAAGUCUAUAUAGAAAACCAUUUAGAAGUAACGCAGAGAAACACAAAAGAAGAUAAGUCCCUAAAAGGUGAAUCUUUAACAAUGUGGCGUAGGAUUUGAAAUGAAUGGCGGCUGAUAGUAAAGAAAAAAAGCAACUGAAAUUCUGGAUGGGAGGUCAAUCAAAUUCCUCUGCACAACAAAAUGAAACUAUUAUAGCUCUUGUGAUAGAAGUGGAAUCUGAAAUUCAGUUUUACACUAAAGCCUUAAAACCAAUCACAAACAAUUCUGUUGAGCCGGGCGUUGGGAGUUUUGUAGAUCUCCCGCUAACAAAUUUGCAGUUUCAGUUUUUGCGUAUAUUGCUCUGAAUUAACAUCGUGGACCAACAUGAUUGCAACACGUGUUUCUCCUAUUGUUUUUACGUCAGGUUUAUUGAUAAACUAAUUUCGAGAGGAUCACGUGCUCAUGACUGAACACAGCUGUUCAUGCAUUAGCCAAUUCAUGAUCCACCAAUCAGACGAUUUAUAAGUCACUAUAAAUACCCUAAGUUCCAUAUCGAAGCCAUUUUUGUUUGAGGAAUUCCCUCGUCCACCCCUACACCUUUCCUAGAGCUAGUUCCUUUCCUAGUGGUUAGCACUGUUGCCUCACAGCAAGAACGUCACUGGUUCUGGUCCUUACCAAGCCAGCCAACAUUUCUGUGCGGAGUUUACACAUUUUCCCCAUGCUCACAUGGGUUUUCCCCGGGACCACCUGUUUCUUCCAGAGACCAAAAAAAUGCAACCUAAGUUAAUUGACUAAUCCAAAUCGGCACCAUAGACAUGCUCCUAGUAAGUAGUUUUAUCUUAAGAGCAAUCACUAUCUGUGCAUUAGCAACUACAGGAGGGGAGUUCUCGAGAUCUGCCUGAGCUCAAUCUCCCUUCUUGCCUUGCAAACGUGAGGGAGCCCCGGGCUCGAGGAUCUUAUGAGCUUGGGGCUCUCUCCUGGGACAGCAUGCCAAACAAGCUUUAUAAUUAAUCAUCAGCUAAGUUUGAACUCUUGAAAUGAAUUGUAUUCAUCGAGAUCAAAAAUCAUCACGAUAUCAAGAGCAACAAAAUCAUUGUUUUUUUUAAUUGAUGACUUGCUUUUGUCACACUAAUGAAUGACUUUUUAUUCCUUAAGUAAUAAAUAACUUGCACUCCGUUCUUAAACUAAGUUUUAGUACGAGUUUCUAGUAUUCCGAUUCUAGUUAAGUAUUUGACAAAAGACAAUUUCAGUAACAAUAUAAAAAAAAACUUUUAGAGUUUAAGAGUUUAAAAAAAACCCUGGACAUCAUUCCAGAAAGCAGACACUGCCGCUUAAUGGGAAAACCAGUUUCAGAUCCUGAUGCAGUGCAAUAGACAGUGGAAGAGCCAAUCAUAAGCAUAGCCGUAGAAUGAAAAAGAAGAAUAGGGAAUAAAACAAAGCAACAAGUAGCAUGGAAAAUUGACAGAGAUAUCCGUUUAGUGCAUGUUACAAGCAGUGUUGUGAAAAGGCUGGCACUAAAAAUGUUAAGUGGUGACAAAAUGUAUUUCUAAACAACAGCAGAGGGUGUUCUCUGAGAAGCAGCCCCUAAUUUCCUGCAAAGAUGGUGAAGUGGUGUUUAUUCGUCUCUAACACUGGCUGUUUAAUGCUGCUCAGAGGUGGCAUGAAUGCAUUUACACAGCAGCUAAAAUGGUAUACUUACCAGUCUGGAUAUUGUGCAGCAGUCUCUGAAUUAUGAGCAUGCAGAGAGCAGCAUUAAUCUGACUGUGUGAAGAUGGCUGAAGAUAAAAACAAUAGACUGUAGGAUUGUUCUGUUAAACACUACAUCAAUGGCUGGAGAAUGGAGGGUUUGAUAAAAACAAGACACAGAUCGAGCAACGAAAUAUAAGCGCAAGAGAUGAGCCUGUGGGUUAAUUCUGUAAGAAAAAAGUAGCACUUACUUUUUGACUUGAACUCUUAUGGACCUCCUAUAAUGUUCUGUAAGCAUGUUUCAUUUGUCAUAUUUAAACGGUUUAUUUUGUACUUUUAAUGAUAAGACACUGUGUGUGUUUUUUCCCUUUGAUUUAUGUUAUUUGUGAUGUACUAUAGACUCUGCCUGAGACAUGCUGCACUUCUGAAUAAUGCAUUGAGAGAAUGUUUAAAUGUAGAAUAAACUCAGUGAUUAUUUGUAUAA